AUGAAGAGGAAUGGAAAGCAGAACCGCGUUGACAAGUGUCAUAAUAAUCAUGAUAAUGGUAAUGGUAAUGAUACUCAUAAUGGUGGUGGUGGUGGUAUAUCCAAUCCAAUCCAAAUCCAAAUCCAAAUCCAAAUCCAAAGCCGAAUCUCAAAUCCAAAAACUCCAAGCCUACGCAGCGAGGUUCAAAGAACGAAGAAGUAUGGAGAUGGAACUUUCUCCUCCGCACUUCUCUUUUUCUUCCUCUUCCCUCCAUCCCAUCCUUUCCCUCUUCUCUUCCCUCCCAAUCCAAACUUCCUCUUAAAAUCCCCUCUAAUCAUCCGCCAAACUCCCCGAACUCCCCGAGCUACCAGAGAUCGUCGAGGAGCCGCCGCGAGCUUGCUGAACGAGUCUGUAGAUACCGUAGGCGAUGAGGGCUAG